UUUGUGGACGAACAACCUUUCCGAUCCGAUGGAAGAUAUUGUAUUAGCUGCGUAGGCUCUCGCUUCGAGAUAUAAUUUUUUUGAGCAUGUUUAUUUUAAUAUCUGCUGUUUGGUUACGCCUAUAGUCUUCAAACAUGGAGAUGAUCCGCUCAAUGACCCAAACUGUGUUGGGAAAUGUGCAGGCUGAUCAAACUCCAACUGGUGCAGAAACGGUUGAGAGAGUUGUUGAGCGAGUGGUUUCCUCCUCACUACUUGAGGACAGACGAGAUGGCUGCAGAGCUUUACGAGCCCUGGCUCGAAAGUACAGAUUAUUGGUUGGAGCUCAUGCAAUGGAUGCAUUGCUUCAUGCUCUAUCAAAUGAUCGGUCUGAUCAUGAGCUGGUAAACUAUGCUCUGGAAACUCUCAUAUCCAUCACAUCUCCGGAGCCAUUUGAGGAAGAAAUAGAGGAAAGUGGUAGUGCUGAGGCCUGCAGAGGGCUAGGCCAGCAGUUCACUGAAAUUGUCACCAAGAAAACUGAAAACAUUGCUUUAUUCCUAGAGUUACUGGACGAAUUUGAUUUUAAAGUUCGUUUCCCUACAAUAAAGUUACUCAGCAAUCUACUGGAGAACAGAGCUCGUGGGGUACAAGAUGGAGUGCUGCAAGUCCCAAGAGGAGUAUCCAAGCUGAUGGAUUUGCUAUCGGACAACAGAGAAGUCAUCAGGAACCAUAUGCUGCUUGUGCUCACUAACCUCACCAGAGGCAACCCAACCCUGCAGAAAAUUGUCGUCUUUGAGAACGUUUAUGAUAUCAUCUUCGAGAUUAUCAGAGAGGAAGGCUACAGUGAAGGCAGCGUUGUGGUGGAGGACUGCUUGGAGCUGCUGGUGACGUUGCUCAAGUCAAGUCCCCCCAACCAGACGUUGCUGAGGGAAGGCAACCACGUGGCUCAGCUCACCAGCUUCUUCACGGUCUUGCUCGACGAGGCUGAGGAUCCAGCUAAAGCGUCCUCUGCUUGGUCUGCUCAAAAAAUGGCCAAUGUUCAUAAAAUGUUAGAGUUGGUGGACUGUCUUGUUCAGCCGGAAGGCUGCAGCUCGGAGGUGCAGGCGUGCCAGUCGGUGCUGCGAGUGUCGGGGCUGCUGCCGUCCUUGUGCCGCAUGCUCCUCGCCAGCGGGGUGCCCGCCAUCACCCUCACCCUCGUCAUCACCACGCUAUCUGACGUCAUCAGGGCUAAUGAGGAUAAUCAGAAAUUCUUCAAUAAUGUCAUGGCUCCAUCCAACCCGCCCAGGCCAGCUGUGGUGGUGCUGCUGAUGUCGCUGGUGAACGAGAAGCAGCCUGUAACUUUACGCAGCGCGGUGCUUUAUUGUCUGCAUUGCCUCCUCUAUAAAAACCCUUCCUUGCAAGCUGCUCUCGUCGCCACUCUGCUGCCCCAGACAGCCAAGUCGACAGACAUCAGCAGUGGCCAGCUGUUGUGUGGCGGUCUGUUCUCCAACGACGCCGCGUCUACGUGGCUGUGUGCCAUCGCUCUCUCACACGCCCUGCAUGACAACACCGCGCAGAAGGACCAGCUGCUGCGCGUUCAGCUGGCUACAGGAGGAGGAGGAUCGUGCGUGUCUCUGCUGCAGCAGUGCUGCUCGCUUCUCCUCAGCUCGCCUGCCUUCCUAGCCAAGGUUGGGCUGCUGCAGCUGCUGGCUCUGUGGCUCGUACAGUGUCCCAGAGCCGUCACUCAGUUCCUGAACGUGGCUCAGGUCAUGCCGUACCUAACGGCUCAGAUAUCAAGCAGUGAAACAGAAGACCCCGAAAGCCAGGCUCUGCAAGGGCUGAGCGCGUUCGUGUUGGGCGUGUGUGCGCUGUACAACGAAGGCGCCCCUGGCACUCUGACGCGCGAGAAGCUCGCCUCCAUGGUAACCGAUCGCAUCGGCCGCCACGUCUUCAGGAACAAACUGGAGGCUCUGGCACGAACUGAACACUUCUUGCUAGGCGGAAAAUCUCCCAAAAUUUCCGCCAAGAAAAAGUCGGAUCUCUGCUUUGAUUUUUCCUUUGUUGUCGCCUUCAGGAGUCUUGAGGGAAGCAUUCUACGUGCCGUGAAUAUCGGCGAGGCUGACACAGCCGAGCUACUGACUCAGAAAGUGAAGGAGUUGCAGGCGCAGCUGUCAGCUGCCAUUGAACAGGUGGCUUCAUUGACAGCUGACAAGCAGAGCCUGUCAGCCACUGUGCAGCAGCUGACACAGCAGCAACAUGCUCUGCAGAUGCAGUAUCAGCAGCAGCUACAACUUCAUCAGCAAAAUAGCAGCAGUAAUGGAGGCGGAGAUGGUAGUGACGGAGCGAUGGUGAUGCUGCAACAACAAGUUUCAGAGCUCACGUACGCCAGGGAUUACUAUUACUACCAAAUGAUCGAACGCGACAAACAAAUUCAGCAACAUCUUGAAAAAGCGGGAGAGAUUGCAGCGAAGUCAGUUGAACAGGAGCAGCAGACGGCAGAGAGUGGAGACUCGAAGCCAGCAUCAGCUGAUCCUGAGCUGGAGACUCUGCGGUGCCAGCUGCGAGAUCUACAGCUGGUGCUGCAUAAAAAAGACGAGGCUCUGUACCAGCUACAGAAAGGAAAUGUUCACAAUGGCUCUGCUGAAGGAGACUCGCAUCAGCUGGAGGAUCUGAAGCAGAAGCUCGAGAAGUCGGAGAAGUUAGUCCUUCAGUUACAAGAAACCAACUCUGCGCUCGAGAAUCAACUCCAACAGCUCAGACUUCAGACUCAAGAUGAGGACAGGAACAAGACUCUAGGUAGCGAUGACGGUCUUGCUGCGCAACUUGAAGCAGAACGUAAAAAGCGACUAAAAAUCCAGGAGGAGUUGAGCUCGCUGCAGGCGGAGCAGGAGGAUCUGUUGCUGCUGCUGACGGAGCAGGACGGCCGCCUGCAGCGCUACAAGAGUCACCUCACCAUGCGAGGCGUGACGCCCCCGCCAGGGGAGGAGCUGGGUGAUGAUGGGGAAGAGGACGAGGACGACGACGUGUCUCUUCAGUGAGACGACGUGUCUCUUCAGUGAGACGACGUGUCUCUUCAGUGAGACGACGUGUCUCUUCAGUGAGACGAGCGGGGCAUCGCCGUGGAAGAGUUCUUCCUCAGUCACGAAAGGGAUAAGUUAGAGUAAUUGAUUGCUGCAAAUAACUUUUCUUUGCCUACGGAGUAAAGAAAGCGAUUAGGAUUUAAGUGAAGUUGAACAUGAAUUUCUUGCAGACAAAGAUGCAUGUAUAUGUUGUAUUGAGCGUGUGCUAUUAUUUGGUAUACAGUAGUUAAUUAAAGACAUAUAGUUUGCCUCUUUAGUGUGGGGAAGCAUGAAGUGGUUAGUUGAUGAUUUACAUGGCAGUUAGAAGCGUAGAGAUUUGUGAGAUAUACCAGGAAUAGUACGAGACGUUUGAGUCAUGUGAGAUGAUCCCAAUCCUGAAAUUUUACUCUGGUGAUGUAGAAGAGUGAUGAAAUCUCUAACAUAUACCUAAAAGAAAGUCUGAUACGAUAAGAUUCAUUUCGAAAUGACGGAGAAAAGAUUUUUUUAUCAAUUUAGCGGUUGCUUUCCCUGCAGUGUUCUCUGCCGAUGCCGCAGUCAUUUCAUUCAUUUAUUGUUCUUAUGAGCAACAAGUUCCAGGGAGCCACUUUCUUGCUAAUGAGAUUCCACCCUCACCUUCAACCGUGAACCUCUAUCGUCAGUUUGCAUCUGUCUUUUGUAGCCCAAAAUAUUGUCUAAGUUUCGAUCAAGACAGGAAUUAGAAUUUAGAAUCAACUUAUGUGAACGAUCCCAUAACCGGCUUACAAUUUAGAACAAUACCGGUAAUCAUAAUAGCGUUCCGGGAAGUAUCAUCACAAUACAUUUUUCUAUUUUCAUCUGUAACUUAUAUAUUUUCUAAGCCAGGAAACCAAACACUGUGUAGAAUUUUCCACCAAUCCUUGCUUGUUCUCGGAUUUUGCUGUCGUGACUUUAUCUUUUUCAGUUAUAUUAUAAGAUCUGGCAUGUGAACGUCCAUGUUCUUUGGUUGUUAUGUUCUUGUUUUCUACAUGUAGAAAUUUUAUAUAAUGUUAAUAUAUGUUCAUUUCCAGUAGAUUUUAUACCUUUGAAUGUAGUUGCAGUUUUUGUACAGUGUGGGUAGAUUUUUUCACAUAGCUCGGGUACUUCAAAUUAGUUUGUUUGACGGCAAUAUUUGCCCAGGAGUUAUGUACAUUUACUGAAGUGCAAUCGGGCUUUGUGCUUCCUGUGAUGCAAGGACGUGUGUAACAUUUGUGCUGCAUUUGUUUUAUGCGUACAACGAGUGGACUGUUGGCGAGCAGUUGAGUGAACUGCUGGCAAGUGAACACAAGUUUUUUUAAUCACAUCGAAACAACUGACCCAUUUGUAUACAAUUUCUGCCAAAAUAUAUCGUGUUUUUUACCAACAAAAUAUUUUCAAUUAAUUUUUCUAGUGGAGUUAUGGAAUGUUUUUUUUAGCUUGUGCAUCUAAAUAUCCUGUGACUGUAUACUGAAUUAUUUUUAUUUUAGCAAGGAUGAUGCUGUUUGUCGCGAAUCUUGCCUUUUGUGUUGAUGUGAGGAGAGUUUGACUUCACUUUCGAUUUUGCGCAAAACGAUUUUGUGCCCACAAAAUCGAAACACUAUGUCGUUUCCAAGCCAGGAUCUAAGUUAAUAUAAAACAUUGAGGUUAUCGGGAAACUAUACAGUAAAUAUUUAUUGAA